AUGACCUUUUUAAAAAUAUCUUUUAAGGCACAUUACAACACGAGUAAGGAAAUGGACUCAAACUCUUCAUUCGAUUGGCCUCACGUGCUGAAUUAUAACGGGACAUACAAGUACCUCUACUUAGAAGGCAACGUCUCCUAUGUGGACUUCUACCUUCAUCAGCCUUCAGUGGCAGCUGUCUUCAUCGUCUCUUACCUCCUCAUCUUCCUCCUCUGUAUGGUUGGCAACGGAGUGGUUUGCUUUAUUGUCCUGAGAAGCAAACACAUGCGUACGGUCACAAACCUUUUCAUCUUAAACCUGGCUGUCAGCGAUUUACUGGUGGGAAUCUUCUGCAUGCCCACCACCCUCCUGGACAACAUCAUCGCAGGAUGGCCGUUCGGGAGCCUGGUUUGCAAGAUGAGCGGGAUGGUUCAAGGAAUCUCUGUUUCUGCCUCUGUCUUCACUCUAGUUGCUAUCGCCGUAGACAGGUUUCGAUGCAUCGUUUACCCGUUUAAGCAGAAGCUGACCGUUUCAACUGCAGUCGCCAUUAUAGCGGUCAUCUGGAUUCUGGCCGUCGCAAUCAUGUGUCCUUCCGCAGUCAUGCUGCAGGUACAAGAAGAGAAGCAUUUCAGGGUGAUCCUCGGCUCCGGCAAUGAAACCCGCCCUGUGUACUGGUGCCGGGAGGACUGGCCUAACCCGGGAAUGAGAAAGAUCUAUACGACGGUUCUGUUUGCCAACAUCUAUCUGGCUCCCUUGUCGCUCAUUAUUCUUAUGUAUGCUAGGAUAAGCAUUGCUCUCUUCAACACAGCAAUGCCCGUGGUGGGAAAACACAGCCAGGAGCAGCGGCACGGCGUGUCUAAGAAGAAACAAAAAGUCAUCAAAAUGCUCAUUAUCGUGGCUUUGCUUUUCACCCUGUCCUGGCUUCCCUUGUGGACUCUGAUGAUGCUCUCGGACUACGCCAACCUUUCAGAUAUCCAGUUGCAGAUCAUCAACAUUUACGUCUAUCCCUUUGCUCACUGGCUGGCCUUUUUCAACAGCAGCGUCAACCCCAUCAUCUACGGUUUCUUUAACGAAAACUUUCGCCGAGGCUUUCAGGCAGCCUUUAAACUUCAGCUCUGCUCCAGGGAGGUGGUUCACAGGGAGGUCUAUUCUCAGCAAGGCCAAAGCAAUGCCAUUUUGCCAGCUGCCAACUACCAGGCGCCCCAGGAUCGAGCUUGUCAAAAUGCUAAGGAGGAGAAGACAGUUAAGAAAGGAAAUUGGGUGAAUAACCAGCAGGAUUUGAUAAUGGAGGAUCUAGAAGAGCCCCGCAACGAUGGGAUUAAGUGA